UUUACCGUCUGCUGUGGAUUUUACGGAUUUUAUCAAUUUUUGCUGUCUACUCACCUGUUGCCCGGAUAUACUGUUUUACCAUCUGUUUUGGAUUUUACCAUCUGCUUUGGAUUUUACAGCGCUGUCUGGAUAGCAUCUCUCCCUUCCUCUUCGGUCAGAAUGGCAUUCAGUUAUUCCAGCUCACAACUCCGCCGACUUAAUCCCGCAACUACUCCUGAAAUUAACAUCCCCAUCAUUAAAGAACUUGGACUCCUUCGCUGUCCUCGUUACACUCAUAGAGGCUCCGGUCGAAAGUUCAUCUUCUAUAACCAGCCAAAGUGCUCUGCUACCAAUAUUCCAUCUUUCUGGUCACCUGUCGCACGUUUGACGCGUCAUCAGAGCACCGGCACUCCAACUACUAUCAACUCUGGAAGUAUCGCGAGAUCUCUGCACUCCAGCAUGGGAAACACCCGAGCCAUUGAGAGAAACACCGUGAGAUCCUCAUAUCCCCAGCUGGAUUUAUUUUGUGGAGUGGAUUCUAAGCUGCGUGGAGUGGAUUUUAAUGUUUUACGACCUGUACAGAGAUUUACUCCACAGUCAUUGGUCAAAUUUGAACUGUUUAACUCUCAAUCCAUCAGCAAUAAAGCCACACUGAUUGAAGAACACAUCAGGGAGAAAGGACUUGACUUCAUGUGUCUGACAGAAACAUGGCACCAGUCAGAGGUUUACUCUGCCCUAAAUGAAGCCUGUCCACCUGGCUACAGUUACUUGGAGGUAGCUCGCAGCAUUGGGCGUGGUGGUGGCUUAGCUAUCAUCCACCGUCAGGAUUUGGGGUUGUCCCCUAUCUUGAUACCUGCAACAUCUUCCUGCGAGUGCCUUGCAUUUAAAUGUAAGCCCCCUUUUCCCAUGACUGUUCUCCUUAUCUACUGACCUCCAAAACCCAACUCUGCCUUCAUCCUGGAAAUGACUAAUCUUCUCACAACACUCUGUGCUACCUCUGCCAACAUCAUAAUCCUAGGAGAUAUAAAUAUUCAUGUUGACAAUCCCACAGGUUAUCUCACUGCUGAUUUCCUUGAGCUGCUAGAUUCUCUCAAUCUACAACAACAUGUCGAUGUCCCCACACAUUCCAGGGGUCACACACUUGACCUGGUCAUUUCAAAUUCUGUCCCAAUUAGUAACCUACAGGUAUAUGAUCUUGGUAUUUCAGACCACAAAGUAGUGUCAAUGGAGCUGCCCUUU